AUGGCUUUAUAUGGAGAACGUUUAGCCAUUGAACGUCAACACCGAGUUUUGUCAAUUCAAAGCCAUGUUGUACAUGGAUACGCAGGCAACAAAUGUUCAGUUUUUCCUUUGCAGCUAAAUGGCUAUGAAGUGGAUUUCAUCAACAGCGUCCAGUUCAGUAACCACGCGGGUAACGUGGAAUAUUUGAAUUUACCUACAAGAUACGAACAUGUCAAAGGCCAAAAGCUAUCCAGUAACGAUUUAGAAGAUCUUUACGAAGGCUUACAGCUCAAUAAGAUCAAUAACUACUCUCAUAUAUUAACAGGGUAUUGUGGUAAUGUAGAUUUCCUCAGAAAAAUAGGCGAUAUUGUUAGUGAUUUGAAGAAGAAAGAUGGUUCGACGUUGUUCUUUUGUGAUCCUGUUAUGGGUGACAAUGGCCGAUAUUAUACGCCUAGAGAACUUCUUCCUGUAUACCGUGAUGUAAUCAUUCCUUUGGCUGAUGUUCUGACCCCAAAUGCUUUUGAACUAGGUGAACUCACUGGAAGUGUGAUUGAAACAGAAGAAGAGUGUUUCCGAGGAAUGGAUGUAAUGCAUAGUAAAGGAGUUAAAACAGUAGUCGUAACAAGUGGAGUGACGAAAACUCAAACUGAGAACUCUUUAGCAUGUUUUGCUAGCGUUUCAGAAAAUGGACAGAAAAAGAGGUAUCGUUUUCAGUUCCCUAGAUUGGUCGGACAGUUCGUUGGAACAGGCGAUGUUUUCGCUUCUUUACUAAUUGUCCACUUGACGGAAUGUGAGGGCGACGUGGCUCAGGCGGUAGGAAAAACAUUGGGAAGUAUGCAAGGCUUGCUUAGAAAAACUAGUGAAUAUGCUCAACUUCAAGUAGACUCUAAUUCAAGUGCAUUGUCGGAGCUUCGACUUAUUCAGGCACGUAAAGAGCUGCUACUGCCUCCUCAAAUAAUCACUGCUGAGAAUGUAGCUUUGUAG